AUGUCCAGCACCACGGCCUCAGACUUCUUUCGGAGUUUCCAUUUGAACGAACUGUCUCUUAAUUUCGAGAAUAUGGGAAUUUCGUUUACUUACGAGCAGAUUAUCCAGGCGACAGGGGAUUUCAGUGAUGAAAACUUAAUCAAGCACGAUUUAUCUUGUUCCUUGUUUAAGAAACCCGAUGACCAUAUUGAUAGACUACCAUCGCUGGAUUGGAUUACGAGGUCGAAAAUUGCGAUUGGGGUUGCAGAGGGUUUAGUAUUUCUACAUGAUGAAUGUGCUCCACCUCUUGUUCACGGAGAUGUACAAGCCAGCAGCAUAUUGCUUGAUGUCAAUUUUGAAGUGCGGUUAGGGAGCCUAAGCCAGGUUGGUGCUCAAGAAAGAGGCAUUCCUACUAGUACUGGUAAUAAGACAUGUAUAGACGAUGUUUAUUGCUUUGGGAAGGUUUUGCUUGAGCUGAUCAAUAUAUAUGAUAAAGAACCGGUAAUAAACAUUGUGGAUCCAUCAUUAAUCAUAGAUGAGGAUCUGUUGGACGAAGUUUGGGUGGUGGCUAUUGUUGCUAAAUCUUGCCUCAAUCCAAACCCUUCAAGGCGGCCAGUUAUUCGAUAUGUACUUAAAGCUCUGGAAAAUCCUUUAAAGGUGAUAAGGCAGUGA